AUGAGACGCCUCCAGGCUGCCGAGCCUCUGUCGCUCGUACCCCGCGCGGCGCGGCCUCUCCUGGCCGGGGUCUUCUCGUCACCCGUCUCCGCUCCUCCUCUCUCUCCGCUUCGCCGCGCGCAGGAGAAAGGCAGCGGCGGAGAAGAUGCCCCCUCGCGCUUUCCUCAGCGGAGGCCUCGUGGCGCGCCGACGCGACAGCCACGUGAGGGCGCUGAAGUAGCGGAGGACGGAGACGAACGACCAGCUCCUGCCGAGGGGCGGACGCCGAACGAAGUGGGAAGAGAAGGCGCGCCUGAGGGAGAAGAAGGAACGCAUCUCGAGGCCCUUUUCUCUCGCCGGGGUUGGCUUUCUUCUUCCUCUUGCGCGCCUCGUUCUUCGGCCUCACGGCGUCAAGCCCGCACACGACGGUGCGACGCUACUUCUGCCGCGGGGCACCCCGGUGCGCCUUCUUGGAUCUUCUUCCUUCCUCGUUCACCCUCUGCCUGGGGUUAUGCUUCCUUGCCGUCUGCAUGCCGGUUUCGCGCGGCUUCCACCCCUUCGUCUUCCUCUCUCGCGGCUUCCUUCGGCUCUGCGGCCGUUCUCUGCUCGCUGCGCCAUCCUCUCUCCGCUCUCGGCUCGGCUUCGUCUGCGGCGCUCCCUCUGUUAGCUCUUUCCGCCCUCGAAAACGCGCCGCUCCACGCGCGGUCGCUCGUCUCGCUGUCCGGCUCGCGGCGGGCGUCACGCCCCCUGCGGGCCGCGGGCUCCGUCGUGUACCCUGCGGGUCUCCUGCCCGCUGAGCACCCGACGACGCCCCCCGCGGGCGAUUUCCCUUCCGCGCUCGCUCGCCUUUCGAUUCAAAAACGCAGAAAGCGGCUGAAGCAGCUGGACCGUCAGGUCGAGGCGCGCGUGAUUCAGCAAGGACUCGGCGCGCCGCGAAACAACAGCGAAAAACGCCGGCAGAUUCUUCACGGCGACAAGAGCUUGAGCGCGCGCUGCCCGGUCUUCCUCGGUCAGCUGAAGCCGCGGCUUGAAAAAUGGCGGGCCGCCCUGCGAGAAGAAGAGCUUCCGCCGCCUAUUCUGCCGGAGGUGGCCUUCGCGGGUAGAUCCAACGUGGGGAAAAGCAGCUUGCUGAACGAACUCGCUGGGCGUCGACUGACGUCUCUGGUGACCAGCAGGCCGGGCACCACGCAGCAGCUUCACUUCUUCAAGGCAGGGUCGCCCCCGGUCCUCUGCCUCGUGGACUUGCCCGGCUACGGCUUCGCGAAGGCCGCGGCAGCCACGCGCCUGCAGUGGACGGAGUUCUCUCUCUACUACCUCAAAACGCGCAAAAAUCUACGGCGCGUGUUUGUUUUGAUUGACGCCCGCCAUGGUGUGAAAGAGAGCGACAAGGAGAUGCUUCACUUUCUUCACCGCUGGGGCAUCAGCUGGCAGAUUGUUUUGACGAAAGCGGACCUUGUGAAGCCGCUAGACCUCGUCAAGACGGUCAUGCUGGUAAAGGAGGACGCGAAGGCCUUCCGCCACCAGGCUGCUGAGCCCAUUGCGGUCAGCGCGCUGAGGCACCAGGGCCUCGACGUCUUGCGCAAGGAGAUAAACGAACUGAAGAUCGAUAAGGAGAUUGUGAAAAACAGCAUUCGCCUUCGCAUCCAUAGCAAGCUCGAAGAGCGUCGCCUGCGCCGGCAGAUGAAGGCCGCCGAGAAGCGGAAGCAGCGGAGAGACGAAGCGCGCGGGGAGGCACAAACGGGCAGUGGCCUGUCGCGAGCUGCUUCGGGCGCCUCGCACUGGGCGACGCUCGGCACUCAUCAGGGCGGCGGGCCUGCUCUGUCUCCUCCAGAAGCGCAGACAGCGCCAGCUGGAGGCGAGGGAGAUACGUGCCCCAUCGUGGAUCGCGCCAGAAGCCGGUGGGAUUUGAGUGAUGAAGAAGACCCGUUCGUCCGUGAGCCUGCAGGUGCAGAGGCGACGCACCUGAGAGGCGAGCCAGAGGAGACGGGACGACGCGGCGGCGAGGACACGCCGCAGAUCACCCUCGACACUUUCAUUGAGUGCACAGAGAUAGGCCAGGGCAGGUGGAGCCACCGCCACAGCUUGGAGGCGACGGAGGAGCUUCUCUCGGCGUCGGUGUCUGAACUCGCGGCGCACCAUGGGAGCGCGCAGGAGACGCACAGCCAGCCGGGGCCCGGUCAGGGGCGGAGGCGACGGAGAGCGGCGCAACAGAGGAGCCUGAGCGGCGCCUCAGCUGCCUCGGAGAAGGAGAUCGAUCAUGAAAUACAUUCACUUUCGGCCGCAACUUCCCCCUCUGCGCCCGCGCCGGCUUUCUUUGCAGCCGCGGACGCUGCCGCACAACGCGCUCUGGAGCUUGGCUCGAUGUCGGACGGUGAGCCGGCGGAGGCGCGUCAAAGGGAGCCGGGGGGAGACAGCAGAGGCGCCGAGCGAGCGUCGGGUGCUUCGCGGGGCGACAGUGAAGGCCCGCAGGACGAGGGAGAUGUGUAUCGUGAACGUCAGUCGUCCCCGGGGUUUUCCCUUUCUUCUUUGUCGUCUUCCCCGUCGCCUCGAGCUGCCUGUCUCGACGAGGACGCGCCGGGGUCCAUGAGCGGAGAGCAAGGCGGGGCUCGCGCCGCAGCCUUCGCCCGCCUGCUAGAUUUUGACUUAUCUCGUCGCCUCCCUUCACCUCCUUGCGACCAAUGGGAAGAGGGGCAUCAGGAGCGCGCAGAGGUGGGAGGUGGGAGCCCGUGGCGGCAAGGCCGUGGGACUGAGGAGAGCCGAGACUCCUCCGUUUCAGGUCCGGUCUCUCUCUCAGAGAAGGGCGGCGCCGGUGUUUCGCCGUGUGACAGGAGUCCGCAGGCGAGGACGGAGGGCGACCGGAGUCUUCACGACGAGGCAGCAGCUUUCCAGGGCCCGCCGGAGCAAGUUGCAGCCUCGCUCAAGUGCUCUGCGGUGUUCCCUCCGCCCUCCUCGUCGCCUCCGCCAUCCUCGUCGCCUCCGCCCUCUUCGUCGCCUCCGCCCUCUUCGUCGCCUCCGCCCUCCUCGUCGCCUCCGCCAUCCCCGUCGCCUCCGCCAUCCCCGUCGCCUCCGCCAUCCUCGUCGCCUCCGCCGUCCUCGUCGCCUCCGCCUUUGUUUGGUGCGGGCGAAGAGGACGACGACAAUGAAGAUCCGUCACUGCUGCUCCAGCGGUCGCUGUGUGCGUCGGCUUCAUCACUGGCCUCCUCCGCCGCUGCAUCGCCCUCAAACGGCGCCCUCUCGCGCGCCGCGUCGCGCCGGCUGAAGCGGGCAGUGGACGAAGCGAAGGAGAUCUGCGGCGGAGACCGGCGAGCGGAGCGCAUGGGGCGAGCAGGGGUAGCGUUUGAGCUGGCGGCGGAGUCUUCGGGGGAGGAGGAAGAGGACUACGAGGACGCCAGCGACGACAGCGACGGCGCCUCGCCGUUUCCCUCGCUAUCCGCCGCUCAACAAGCCGCGCGCGAGCGAAGAAGUCCACUUCGAGCCUCCGCCGCGCCUCGACUCUCCGGGCACCCCCUGGGGCAGAGAGGAGACGUUUUGCUCCUUGAGGACGCCGGUCAGUACACAGGCGGGGGCGCCGCCGCCGGCCGCAGAAGGCGAGGCCCGAGGCAGCCGUUCGAUCCGACGGGCGCAGACGUUGGCGACGCUGACCCGCUUGCUCGAGCUCCCGAGCCAGGGACGUACUCAGGCGACUACGAACGCGACAUGCGCCAGUCGUGGGAGAGGCGAAAGAGAAUGGAGCUCGAAGACCUCGGACACGCGCCGUCGCGUCCUCUCACUCUCCCGGGUCGCCCCGCCGACGCCGCUCAGGCCGACACAGAGCGUCCAGCGCCUUUCUGGCGCCGCCGAAAAGAGGCGGACGCGCUUGCACUCUCUGCACAAGCAGGCUUUAUUGGCCUCGAUCCGAAGGCUCUCCAGAGGCCCGUACGCGGCCUGGAGAAGCGGCGGCUACUCAGACGCCUCACUCGCAUGCGCCUGAAGCAAAUGCACUUGGAGCCUGAAAGUGUCUCCAAGAGACUUGUCGCCACGGUCGGAAAAGAAGCAAAGGGCUUUGGCGCCUCGGGCCUUCUCGUUGAAGCGGAGGAGAAGAAGGGCAGAAAGAACUACACAUGGAAGGAGGCGAUGCAGAAGUGGAAGACGUGGGCGCGGAAACACAAAGCCGACGCAGCGGUCUACGGGCGACCGAACAAACGACAGCUGCUUGAAGAGCAAAUGCAAAAAGUGGAGAGGAAGCUAUUCAGGCAGAGAGUCGGACUUAAGAAGAAAGAAGAGAAUGAGGCACCGGGAGCGGAGCUGGUUCGUCAAUUCAAACAACGGAAAAGGCAAGCUCGUGAACUGGCGCGAGGUCUUCAGGGCGGUGCAGGCUCUGGGGCGAAGAGGACGCCGAAGCCAAGCCCUAGGGUACCGUAUUCCGAGUCAGCUCGCAUCCGGAGAGUGAAGAACUAG